AGGAGCAGGAGAGGGCGAGGGCGGAGCACGGUAGCCCCGGCUCGCCUCACCUCCCGGCCCUCGGAGCAUCCCAGCCGCGCCGCUCCGGCCACGCGCUCCACCGGGCUGCUCGCCCGCGCCAUCUGAUCUGAUGCGGGCUUCUCCUCCUGCAAGGCGGCAGCAGCGCCGCCGCCUUCACGAGCCGCCCGCUCCCUUGUGGGUUGCAGGCGCUCUUCCGUUUCGAGGCACGGCCUGAGCCCAGCGAGACUCACUUGCGCCCAGCGGAGGUGUCCGCCGGCGGCAGGUCGGUCCACUGCGCCGCCGCAUCCUUGCGGACGCCGGCCUGGUCCGUCCUCUCGGUCGCUCUGCGUGUUGCGGGCCAAUCUUAGCCAGCCUGACCAGGCCCGGGGUCGCAGCGGCUCCGGCUCCCAGGAGAGAGACGCGGAGGGGCCUCGCUGGACUAACCGAGCCAACCGGCCCGGGGGUCACCUCUCCGCGGGAGCCCCGGCGCUGGACACGAACCUAGACUCGCACCCACCGGUUGGGCUGACUCCGGACUGGAGUCCCGCCACGGAAUUGCCCGGCUUCUUCCGCGCCAUCGACAGAGCGGGCACUUUUCGCUACGGCGGCGGCCCUUUUUACUCAGACCCGGCGCUCGCGGGCCUCUCGCGAAGUUGGCGGAUCUCUCAGUCCGCGCUGGUGGGAUUCCCGCCACUCCCCUCCUCGCCCCACGAACGAGGGAGAAAGGCGUGGCAGUGGCGCUUGGUCCGCGUACAUGGCCAGCCAGAUUCAAGCUGAGGGAGGGGGCAGUUGGAAGGUAGCCCCUCCGGCCUGGUCGCGCCUUCCCCUCCUCUUCACGCGCCCUGCCUGGGAGGAAGCCUCGCCGAACCCCGGAGGGGCUUGGGCUGCUCCGCCGGGUCCCGAUUCCUAGGCAUAUUCACUCAUGGGGGUCAUGGGGCUUCCUCCCAAGCAAGCGGCGCCGUAGGCUCGCAGUCUGAAGCUGCCGUCUAGGCACACUGACCAGCGCACCCCCUUGCCCCUUCCGAGUAGACCUGCCCGGCUCGCGCCAUAAGCAGAUGCUCCCCCGAGGAGCGCUGAGCGCGGCCAGCCCGCCGGGACCCGAUCCAUGGAGCAGAGGCGGAUGAAAGAUGCCUGGCUGGCCCGCCCCAAUCCCGGCGGACUCCCUUAAACCAGCCCCACUUGCGGGCGGGCUUAGGAGAAGUUCCUGCCGGCGCCCCGGGCCAUGCGGGGUGCGCCCGCGCGCCCGCCCUCCUCCCGCACACACCCUCGGGCCGGAGCCAAUGGGAGGCGGCGGGCCGGGCGCGUCACGCGGGAGCCCUGAUGAUGAGCCACUUUGUCCGCGAGACACCGCCGAGGAGCGCAGCAGCAGCAGCCCAGCUCGGGAAGCGAGGCGAAGUGCCGGCGCGCCCGCCCCGUCCCACCAGCAGCAGCAGCAGCAGCAGCGCCGCCGCCGCCCGCCUCGCACCAUGAUCGCCUCGCACUUGCUGGCGUACCUCUUCACCGAGCUCCGGCACGACCAAGUGCAGCGGAUUGACAAGUACCUCUAUCACAUGCGGCUUUCGGAUGAAACCCUCCAAGAAGUCUCUCAGCGGUUCCGGAAAGAGAUGGAAAAAGGGCUUGGGGCAGACACCAACCCUACAGCCGCUGUGAAAAUGCUGCCCACUUUUGUGAGGUCUACUCCUGACGGAACAGAGGAAGGAGAUUUCUUGGCCCUGGACCUUGGAGGCACCAAUUUCCGGGUGCUGCGAGUCAAAGUGGCUGAUAAUGGCAGCAAGAAGGUUGAGAUGGAGAACCAGAUCUAUGCCAUUCCCGAGGAACUGAUGCGGGGCAGCGGCAUGCAGCUCUUUGACCACAUUGCAGAAUGUCUGGCCAGCUUCAUGGAGCAGCUCCAGAUCAAGGACAAGAAGCUGCCACUGGGCUUCACCUUCUCCUUCCCGUGCUACCAGAACAAGCUGGAUGAGAGCAUCCUUGUUACGUGGACCAAAGGCUUCAAGUGCAGCAGCGUGGAGGGGAAGGAUGUGGUUUCAAUGUUACGGAGAGCCAUCAAAAAACGAGGGGACUUUGAUAUUGACAUCGUCGCGGUGGUGAACGAUACUGUUGGGACGAUGAUGACCUGCGGCUAUGACGACCACAACUGUGAAGUUGGGCUGAUUGUUGGCACCGGAUCCAACGCUUGUUACAUGGAGGAGAUGCGCCACAUUGACCUGGUGGAGGGGGACGAAGGGCGCAUGUGCAUCAACAUGGAGUGGGGAGCCUUUGGAGAUGACGGAGUCCUCAGUGAUGUCAGGACAGAGUACGACCGGGACAUCGACAUGGGAUCGCUGAACCCGGGAAAACAGCUGUUUGAGAAGAUGAUCAGUGGCAUGUACAUGGGGGAGCUGGUCCGGCUGAUUCUGGUGAAGAUGGCCAAGGAGGGGCUCCUGUUCCAGGGGAAGCUCACGCCAGCCUUGCGGACCACGGGGCACUUUGAGACCAGAUUCGUCUCUGCGAUUGAAAAGGAGAAGGACGGCCUGCAGAAAGCCCACGAGAUCCUGGUGCACCUGGGCCUGGAGCCCUCCCAGGACGACUGUGUGGCCACCCAGCGCGUCUGUGAGAUCGUCUCCACCCGCUCGGCCAACCUCUGUGGCGCUGCCUUGGCUGCCGUGUGCCGUCGCAUCAAGGAGAACAAGGGGGUGGACCGGCUGCGCUCCACGGUCGGGGUGGACGGCUCCGUGUACAAGAAGCACCCCCAUUUUGCCCGCCGCCUCCACAAGACGGUGCGCCGCCUCUUGUCAGAUUGUGACAUCCGGUUCGUCCGGUCCGAAGACGGGAGCGGCAAAGGGGCUGCCAUGGUCACCGCAGUGGCCUACCGCCUGGCAGACCAGCACAAGGCCCGGCAGAAGAUCCUGGACCCUCUGAGGCUCAGCCACGAGCAGCUCCUGGAGGUCAAGCAGAGGAUGAGGGAGGAGAUGGAGCGGGGCCUGGGCCGAGAGACGCACGACGAGGCCACGGUGAAGAUGCUGCCCACCUACGUGUGCUCCACCCCGGAUGGAACAGAAAAAGGAGACUUCCUGGCUCUGGAUCUUGGGGGCACCAACUUCCGUGUGCUGCUCGUGCGCGUCCGAAAUACCACGAAGCGUGGCGUGGAGAUGCACCACAAGAUUUACGCGAUCCCUCAGGAUAUUAUGCAGGGGACAGGAGAGGAGCUCUUUGACCACAUUGUCCACUGCAUUUCCGACUUCUUGGACUACAUGGGAAUGAAGGGGGUGUCACUUCCUCUGGGGUUCACCUUCUCUUUCCCUUGUCAGCAGAACAACCUGGACGAGGCAAUUCUCCUGAAAUGGACCAAAGGUUUCUCUGCUGAGGGCUGUGAAGGAGAAGACGUGGUGGGCAUGCUGAAGGAUGCCAUUCAGAGGAGAGGGGAGUUUGACCUGGAUGUGGUAGCCGUGGUGAAUGACACGGUGGGCACCAUGAUGACCUGUGGCUAUGAAGACCCUCUUUGUGAAGUUGGACUCAUUGUUGGAACGGGCAGCAACGCCUGCUACAUGGAGGAGAUGAAGAAUGUGGAGCUGGUGGAAGGGGACGAGGGGAGGAUGUGUGUCAACAUGGAAUGGGGGGCCUUUGGCGACAGCGGCUGCUUGGAUGACUUCCGGACGGAGUUUGAUGAUGCGGUGGAUGAGAAUUCCCUCAAUCUCGGGAAACAAAGGUUUGAGAAGAUGAUCAGCGGAAUGUACUUGGGCGAGAUUGUCCGGAAUAUCCUGAUCGAUUUCACCAAGAGGGGGCUGCUGUUCCGUGGGCGGAUCUCAGAGCGGCUGAAGACGAGGGGGAUCUUUGAGACCAAGUUCCUGUCUCACAUUGAGAGAGACAGCCUUGCCCUGCUCCAGGUCCGCUCCAUCCUCCAGCACCUGGGCCUGGAAAGUACAUGUGACGACAGCAUUAUCGUGAAAGAGGUGUGCACGGUGGUCGCCCGGCGGGCUGCCCAGCUUUGUGGAGCAGGGAUGGCGGCUGUGGUGGACAAGAUCCGGGAGAACCGUGGGCUGGACUUCCUCAAGGUCACCGUUGGCGUGGAUGGGACCCUCUACAAACUCCAUCCUCACUUCUCCACCGUCAUGCAUCAAACGGUUAAGGAACUGUCACCAAACUGCGAGGUGCGCUUCCUCCAGUCAGAAGAUGGCAGUGGCAAGGGGGCGGCGCUGAUCACCGCUGUGGCGUGUCGGAUACGGGAGGCGGGCCAGCACUAGGCAGCUGGGCCUGGAGAGCUGGGCUCCCCAAGGCCUGGCCGCGGCUGUUCCUCACUCCUCCUCCUCCUCCGUCUCCUCCUCGCCACAGGCUGAAUCCUCGCUUUACAGUUUCUCCGACGAUACCGCUCCUGUGAGACCCUCAGCGCCGCAUCUCCUGUUAUCAAAAUUCUCUCUCUCUCUCCCCUGCAUGCCAUACGAGUACAUAUCGCGUAAGCGUGAAGUGGUGUGUUGCGUGUCUCCCUCCCUCUCAAAGCUGGUCUCUCUUACUCGGCGUUGGUGUCAGAUGUGAACUGCCCCCGUCCCCACCCGCCUUUUCCACAGAAAUGGCCGGCCGUUGGGACACUUGUUCUCACUUGACACACGAUGGUACCAGUUGCUGAUCCAACUUUGGGUGUCAGCCUGGGCGCCAAAAAUGGAAAGGAAAGAAGCCAAGCGCCUUUAAAGGCUGGGCUGAAGGAGAAAGUGGUGGUUAUUUCCUUUUGGAAGAGCCGCUGGGUGCUGUGCCCCUUUCAAGCCUAGAACGUUAUCCAUGUGGGGAGGGUGGAAUGCACUCUCCGUAAAAAGCACCUUUCAGAAGAUUGAGUGGAAGCUGCUUGGUUGGUUUGAACGGCCAUGCACGUGCCUGGAAAUCUUGGGGGGCUCAGGGUGUCUAGGCCUGUCUUCCAGCUUCUCCUUUGCCUUUAGAUGUCAGUGCAGCUCACAGCUCUGUUGCCAUAUGGAUGAGUGCAUCUGUCUGUCGGUCUGGUGGCUGUUACUCCCCCUGCUUUCUGCUGCUCAUGUAUAUAGAUCAGCCGCCAGCAGACAGAAUACCCUUGCCCCUUUCCCCAGAAGUCUGCAGAGCACUGUCUUUAUUGUGAUGUGGGAGGGAUAAGUUAUUUUUUUUUGUCUGUGGGAUAGCACCUUCACCUUUGUACCUCACACCUGGCUGUGUGUCUCUGUAUAUGGUCUUGGAAAGAAAAAAGGGACUCUGUGCAUAAGUGUUAAUAUUUUUGUUCAGGUUAAGAAAAGUGGUUUAAAAAAAAAAAAAACACAUGGCAAAUGAUAUCUUGGGGGCGGGGUGGUGGUGGGCAAGUUCAGAAGGAAACAAUUUAGGACUGAAAUUUCCAAGAAGAAAUAUUCAAGUUGGUCAUUCCAGGACAAAGUGGAAGAAACGGACCAUGGAAAAGCUGAGUGUCAGCAGAAAGUGACGCCUGGCUAAUUCCGGGGUUCUCAAACUUGUUCCCCAGCUGUUGUGGAACUACGAUUCCCAUCAUCCCCAGUCACAAUAGCCGAAGCCCAACAACAUUUGGAGACCCAUGUUUUUUGAGAACCUCUGCCCUGAUGUUUCAUACCAGGGUGGCCAACUGGAGCUUCUCUAACUGCUGUUGGACCACAACUCCAACCAUCCUCAGCUGCAGUUGUGGCUGGGGAUUAUGGGAACUGUAGUCUGAGCAACAGCUGCAGAGCCUCAGCUUGGCCAUCCUGGGUGUAUUACAUGAGCUUGUCUGAGCACGGUGAAGUUCUGAAUCUAGUUUCCACCCCAGAAGGAAGGCUUUUAGUAUGACUAUUCUUUCCCCUCUCCCAAAUCUAACAUUUGGCCAUGUUUAUUUCCUAUUCAUGUCAACUUGCAUUUUAAUUUAUCACUUCCUCAAGAUCGAGGUUUGGGCUUACAUAAGAACAGUCCUGCUGGAUCACUCCCAAGGAGGCCCAUCUAGUCCAGCAUCCUGUUUCACACAGUGGCCCACCAGAUGCUGCUGGAAGCCACAGGCAGGAGCUGAAAGGGGCAUGCCCUCCCUCCUGCUGUUACUCCCCUGCAACUGGGACUCAGAGGCAACCUGCCUUUGAGGCUGGAGGUGGCCUUUAGCUCUCUGACUAGUAGCCGUCAAUAGACCUCUCCUCCAUGAAGUUAUCCAAACCCCCCCUCUUAAAACCAUCCAGGUCGUUGGCUGUCACCACAUCUCAUGGCAGAGAAUUCCACAAGUUGAUUAUGAUUAUGGUUGUCUUCCCAGCCUCGAUCCUACAACCAUGGACAAUCCUGAUCUUUAAGCAUACACAGAGUUCCAUGGUGACUUAAAUUUGGCCAGCAUUUUGUUGCAGCAUCGAGACCUUCAGAGGUGAAUGAGGACUGUUGUGUAGCUAUUUAUCGUAUGUGCUCCAAACUUCAUUGUGAACUAAUUCUGAAAUCUUCCUCAAACGGCAUCUUCAAAAACCACCACUAAGCCAUUCUGUGAGGUCCAACUUCUUGCCAAUUGAUUUGGUAACUACUGCAAAGAGGAAGUUGAUCAGAAUGGAAGCUUCCUACUAUGGGAGAAAUCCUUGUGGCUCCUUAAUUUCCAACCAGCAAAACUGUACUUAAUCUAAAGAACAAAUAUUUUUGGAAUCUGUUUGAUACAAGUUGUGAUGUAACUGUGAUGUAUGUGCACAAGAAAUCCUUGUUGAGGCUGCUGGUUUGAAGAGAAAAAAAAAUUUCCUCUAUUUUUUUAUAUCUGUAUCUAUAUAUUUAUAUAGCUUGGGAUAACUGAAAUACCCAAAGAACCUCUCUGGUAGUGAGGUGCAGAUUCAGAUUGAAAGCACAGUACAUUUUUUUUCCUCAUUUUUUUUUAAAAUACUUGCAUAUUUUUUAAAAGCUUAAAAGUUGCAAUAAGAUGAAUUCUGAAAUCAAGAGUAGAAAAAGUGAACUGUGAGUCUGUUAGAAAAACAGGGUUGAAUUUAAAUCUAUUUAAACAUAUGUAAGAUUUGACUCAUGCAAUACCAAACAGUUUUACUGGAAGUAAUAGUCUGUCUGCUGAAGUGAUUGAAAGAAAGGAUCUAUUCUCAUGGGAAGUUAAUGACAGUGUCCGUUUUAAAAACUUGAAUAUAAUGGAUUGCCAGACUGUACCUCCUUGUGAAAUGUAUUGUAUCUCACCAGUAGUGAACUUCUAAUGAAUAGCAAACUUUAUUUUUAUAGCAAUUGUUAAUUAAAAGGGAAACAGAGUAGUAAUAAAGUAUGUUUUGUGUGUGA